AUGGUAAAAUUGACUAAAAAUAGACCAAUAUGUACACCACCUGGACCAAUACCAUUUCCAGUGAUAGGGAACCUUCAUUUAUUAUCAAAGGGUGAACCACAUAUUGGAUUGUUUCAACUAUAUCUGCAAUAUGGAAAAAUUUAUCAAUUCUGGUUUGGCACUGUAAAUACUAUUGUUUUAAACGAACCAGAUGUUAUCAAAGAGGCAUUUGUUCAACAAAGUGCAAUUUUUACAGAUCAUUAUAUUCAUCCUACAAUGCAUAUUGUUGGAGAUUCGAAUAAUCUAGGUUUUACAAAUGGACAUGAAUGGAUCAAUAAAAGAGCCAUCAUUACCAAGGCAUUACAAAAGAGUGGAUUUUUCCACCCAGAGAAUUUAUUUACACGAGAAUUUAUGGAAAUGAAGAAAGUUUUAGAUCAAGCUAUUCAAACUUCAAAUAAUAAUAUAUUAAAUAUUAGACCAUUUAUUAAAAAGUUAACAUUUAAUAUAAUAACAAAGUUUUUAUUUUCAAAUGCUACAUCAUACGAUAAUGAAGGAGAUGAAAUAAUGUUUAAUUUAAUGGAUGCAUUUGAAACUAUUGCCUCACAAUUGGGAAAUGGAAAUAAUACAGGUGAUCUAAUUCCAAUUUUAAAACCAUUUAAUAGUCCAAAUGAAUUACAAAGAGCAACACAUUUAGUAUUAACAUUUGUAAAACCAUUUGUAAAUGAACAUUUAUUAUCAUUGGAUCCAGAGAAUCCGAGAGACUUUUUGGAUAAUUUAUUAUUGGAGCUUCAAGAUGAAAGCAAAUCAAUGAUGAUGAGUCUAGACUCAAUCGAAAGAAUAUUUAUAGAGUUGCUAGUUGGAGGCGUAGAUACAAUAUCCACAACAAUCGAGUUUUUGGUUAUCCAUCUCUCAAACAAUCCAGAGGUUCAAGAAAAACUACACAAAGAGUUGAUUCAGACACCAGAGAUUCCAUAUCACAUUGAUAAUAAGGCCGCAUAUCCUUAUUUGAAUGCAGUCAUUAAAGAGGGUUGGAGAUAUAGACCAACCGUUCCUUUAGGCUUACCACAUCGAAAUAACAAAUCAACAAUGAUAAAUUCUUAUUAUAUUCCACAAAAUUGUCAAAUUAUUGCAAAUUAUUAUGCCGCAAAUCUAUCGCCUCAAUUAUGGAAUGAACCAAACAAAUUUGAUCCAAUGAGAUUUAUCAAUAAUCCAAGCCUAGAUUUGUCAGUGUUUGGAUAUGGUCCAAGAAAAUUUAUUGGAGUAUUAAUGAUACCUGAAACCUUUUCAAUUAGAAUUGAUCAAAGAAAUAAAUAA